AUGUCCGAAAUCAACCUUGCGACGAAUUUUCGCUCAUCUCAAGAAUUUGUUCGAACACUCAAAUCUGCGUCGGAUCCGCCGGUAGCAGGAGGGCCAUGUAAGCUUGAGAUCGCUCAAGAAGCGUGGAAUAACCAAAAGUUUUACGUUCCAAACAAGGGGGAAAUCAUUGCUGAGUGGGUUCUAGGCAAAUUUCUGAAGGAGAAGGGGGGAGAGACCUCUUCAAACCCUAUCUUUGACGCGCGAUAUUGGCAACUUACCCUUGGUAUCAUCGCCCACCAACUCUCCGAAGAGACUCGCUCCGUGAAAACUUGGUUAACGCCGUUACUUCACCGGAUUCCACAAGGCCCAGUAGUUGCCGCUUUCCUUGAUUCUUUCAACGACACGCAAGUGGAUAACAAGGAUGACCUCGCCGACGUGGUCAGCGCCUCCCUUUCGAUCCUCUGGCCCGUCGCGCUUCAACGGAUGAGCGUCGAACUCUUACAAGAAUGUUUUGGGGCACUGCUGAUGCAACGACCGGGAACAACAUCCAGAGGGAUACACGGAAUUGGGCACAUUGUGGCCUCAUCCUAUCGCAGUUAUUUGGUCAAUUCAUCAAAUAAGAGAAAGCUUCACCAAUCCUUCCUACAAGCCCAUCUUGGAUCGUGGCUUAGAUGUAUUGCACCUCAAGAACCUGUAUUCGACGUCGAACUUACGGCUCUCAUUCACGAGGCCGGUACGAAAAUCCUUUUCAACCUCGAUAUUUUGCGCCACCAGCAUGAUGCAAGCGCGAAGGCCGAAAAUAACCUCCUUCAACAACUGUGUGCGAUCUCUCUCGAGAACCGAGAAUUGGUUCUUCGCUUGAUCCCAGUCCUCUACCGGGAUUAUAUUGCUGCACUUACAAGGCACCGUGGAGCUCUUUUCAGUCAAAGCUCACAAGGCCGACCUGGUGGAUCUCUCAACGAACUGCGGCAGUUUGGUAUCACUGCUUUUACUUCAUUCAUGGGAGUUGUAGAAGGAGGAAAUCCAGACCAGCUUGUUUGGGAAACGAAGUUUGCGCUUUUGCAAGCGGUGGACCAGGAGAAUCUUUUCGAUCGGCAGCAAAAGGAUGCCCAGGUUUCCUUCAAUCACAUCAUGGAAAGCAUCGUGGCCGUCCUCGACGAUAGUCGGAAGGAGGCGCCGGAGUGUGCUACGCUCGGUGUCCAGUGCCUGUCAACAAUCGCACGGAUAGACUACGACUUCCUCUCUCCGUUUAUCCCGCGGGUCCUGCCUCGUCUCCUUGAGGUGCAAAUUAGCAGUGAUGCGCACUUCCUGCUUCUUGACUCCAUUUUGCAACACCAUGUCAAGACAAGAACAAUACUGGCGUUGAUCGAGACUUUGUUCUCCUCUUUUUCAGCUCUGUCCGCUCCCUUUGGCUCUGCCCGAGAAUCAUAUCAACUUUAUUUUUCGAGUCCGGUCAUGCACGAUCAUCACCUCCAUCGACUUUCCAAAGCCUUACAAUUUUUUACGACUGAAGCUCAAUGUUUGCCUAUGAUCCAGUUUGUCUUCGAUGUGUGCAAGACCUCCUGGCAACGUUAUGGAGAACUGCCUCAAAAGGACGUCAGCAAUGACAGCCCGAAAAAGAAGCGCAAGUCUAUGAAUGCCGAUAACUCGAGCAGCGGUGAAGCAUUGGCUGUGACAUACGCAUUAGUUGCUCGUAUGGCUUCCGUUGUGCUAUCUUCAUUGCCUAUCAAGUCUCUGUCGUCUGACACCCAGGAAAAAGUUCGAACGUCUCUUGAAGACUUCCGUUCCACCUUCAUCGAGCACUCUAUUUCGAAACCCCUGAAGAGCCUCAAAAAGAGGGAAGACACAGACGUCUGGGCUCCAGAAGUAUCUUUGGUAGCCAACCUGCGAUUCCUCUAUGCUCUUGGCAUCUCAGGGGACUUGUCCCUAUCCAGUCACAUCGACGCCGAAAUCCAAGCCAAAAUACUGUCAUUGGUUGCCCAAGACGGACAACUCCCCGAGCUGACUCUCGAAUUAUUUCGUGCAUUAUUUUAUUGCAUGUCGUUCAAGGAAGAAUCGGACCACGAGGAGACCAUCGACAAGAUGUUAGAUCACCUAGAGAAACAUUUCUCUCCUUCCCAUGUUCACUGGUCUGGCCAGAGCUAUCAUUUGACAAACAGUGCACCUGGAAGGAGCGAAUCAGCGUUCGCAAUUCUACAUAUGGUCUUCGACCGGUGGCUUCCUGACGUUGAUCGCCUCGCAUCGACCGAACAAUUGAAACGACUACUCAAACUUGUCAUGGCCAUCAAUCUCUCGGUGACCUCUCGUUCAGGCCGGAUUAUGUUACCAGAAGACCUCCUGAUACAGCUUCUGCAUUCUGCCCAAUUCUGGGAGUUCCGAAACAUCCGCGACGUGUUCGUUGAUCUCCUGCGGGAAACGACGGCGCCUCUAGACAACGUUGAUUCUAAACCCAAAAAAAUAUCCGCAAUACUGGAGAAGGCUUCAAUCUACCGACUCUUCUUGUUUUUCCCAGUCGACUAUUUCUCGCCGCGGACUCUGGGCCACCUCACUAAAUAUGCACUACAGGCCGAUUUCGCCUUGACCCAGCCGCCAUCCAGCGUAGGAGACGCGACGGUGGAGGCUUUAAUCCUUCUACGCGUCUUCUUGAAGAGGGCGUACGCCUACAGUGGGUCGCGGGGGCAGGAACCUAUUCAAGAUCAAUCAACAGACGUGUUGCAUUUCUUGAACGAAAGGCAUACCCAGAAUGAACGAUUCCGAGACGAGUUCAUUCGAGUCACACUGGACCUCACAGAUAUAUAUUUCAUGAAACUUCUGAAAGGGUCUUCUAAGAAUCCCUCGGCAUUGCAGAACGUAUUAGCAGCCUACAAUGCAGAAAUUUUCGUCAUGGCACCUGGAAUCACAUCUUCAAGCUUCACAAGACUGGUUGACAUUCUCACCCGCGACUUUUCGGUUCAUAGUAUGCACGAGUCGGUGCGUGCUGACCUCCGUAGACUCUAUAACACCAUAUCGUCGCCGCUGUUGCUGCACAUCAGCAGCUUCACCGCAAAGAGGAUCCAGCAAGCUAACAUCUCGAAUCUGGUGAAUUUGGUCACUGGAUGGCAUAGUUUACUCUGUCUUGAUAAGUGGCUGGGAUCUUCGGGAAUGACGACACUUCCGUGCAUUGGCAGAUAUCUUGCCGCAAUGUCGAUUUCUUCUAUAAAGGCACAGCCUGUAGAGCGGAACAUACAAGUUGAUGAGCUCUGCCUCAUCGCGCACUCCAUCCUCCUACAAGAAGUCGACCACAAGGCAGAAGCGGACCGCGAGGAUCAUUUGGAUGCCAUUGUCGCAACACAUAUUGCUUUUGCUGAGGUCCUCCGAGUCGACAGUCUCAGUAGAAUGGGCACAUACCUGGCGAAGAUCUGCCGCAAGAUAGUCCUUUCAGACUAUAUUCGCCUUCUCUCCACUGUUUCCGAUUUCCUGUCCACCCCAAACGCGAAUCCUGACGGUCAGCUAAGGCACCUAGUGCAACUGGCUUCCCUACUUGUUCGAGAACAUCCUUCGUAUUCCUUGGUCCACACCCAAAAGUUUAUGACGAAGUGCAUUGGAAUUUUCACCGGCCAUUCGGUAUUCGUGGAAGGACCACAAACCUUACGCCUGCAGGUUCUCGACAUGGUGGCCCAGCAUUGUGCAGAUCAGCAAGCGGCAUUGCGUUCCUUGGAUGUAGCUGGAAUAUGGUUGCUCAUAUCCAAAUUCCUGGCGCCUUCGAAAGACCACGACGAGGCGACUCAGCCAGAAAUAUUCCAGCAUAUCAUCAUGACCAUUAGUCCUCUCAUACGGCUCCGACGCGACCUGGUUACCCUCUCACUUCCUCACCUGGGAUUCAUCCUCCGUCAGCUCCUCCUUUCUUUGCGUGCAUGCCGUCCACACCUUGGGCCAAAGCAGCUAUCUCUCGUGAUGAACACACAGCCGCGGUGGAUAAGCUCUGUGAAAGCUCUAGGACCAGAGGAAGCAAAGGCACUUGGACGCCUAUUGGAGAGUUUGACCACGAAGACAACAAUGCGGCUGCCGACAUCAUCUAUCCUCGAAACACAAAAAGCGGAGUCUCUGGCGAGGCCAUUCUCCAAGCAUGCUGCGUAUGUCUUGAAGGCGUACAUCGAAGCCAUGAAUGACCCGUUGUGUGUCCUGUCAUUGGAGGUGAGGCAGGAGUUGGAGUCUGGGUUAUUCGUGCUUUGUGGGAUGAUGAGCGAACAUAGCCGAGACGCAUUGAUGGUCUCUGCUCUUGACGCCGGUGGUAAGGCGACGCUGAAGGCUUUAUGGAAGGAGUAUGAAAAGCAGAGAUAUGUUGGACGUGGUUGA